AUGAUUUCGCUGAUUCUGUUAUACCUGGGCUUAUCAAUUGUGUUGAUAAAUGCGCUUACUUGGACAUUGAAACGGUUCCGACUCCAUGAAACGAAGUUCCAGCACGGCCUUACCGUUAACCUUGCACCGGUGCGGUAUCUGAUCAACCUCACAUACAAGAUCAACUCCAAGAUCCCGUUUGUGGACAAGCCGUCUACGACCAUCAGCGAGAUCCGCGUCCAUCCCAUCAAGUCGUUUCCGGCUUUGAAAGUGCAAUCGUGGAAAGUCACCGAGUUCGGGCUUGACUGCGACCGGAUGUACAUGUUGAGCAAAUGGGACAAGGAACACAACAAAUGGCUGAUGGUGUCGCUGCGCGAGUACCCGUCGUUGAGUCAGGUCGAGUUGCGGCUGGAAGACGACAUGUUUGUGGUUGGGUUCCAAAAUAAAGACUAUUUCAGCGUCCCUCGCACUGUCACCGACGAGUACUUCAAGGCAAUGACUUCGGCCCCUUCGACGGCCGAUCUGUGGAAGGUCGAGUUCGAGGCGUUCGCUCUGGAUAAACUUGACCUGAAACCGUUCUUGGAGGCGGUGGGAUUACCGCUGGAUCUGCAAUUGGUGUUUGCUCCGUUUGGAAAACUGGUUAUCACCAAUUCGCCAAAAAACCUCACCACGCGCCCGGGCUUCGUCCCUGGCUCGCACGAACAGUACCGUGUGACCAAGUUCCAGGACUACUUCCCCGUCCUGCUGAUUUCACAGUCGGAUAUCGACGAUUUGAACCAACGGCUGGUGAAAGGGUUCGGGCCAGACUUCCAGACCAGUUCUACGCAUUUCCGUCCUAAUAUCCUGAUCGAGGGUCCAAAAAGGCCCUUCGACACCGACGACUGGUACAGAUUCACCGUCAACGGACGCGAGUGGAUCGUCGCGUCGAAAUGUCCCCGCUGCGUGAUACCAAACAUCGACUUUGAAAAAGGUAAGGUGCAUAGCAAACACCCUGUUUCGCGGACGUUGGCGAAAUUCCGCAGAAUCGACGUGGGCAACCCGUUCCAGUCUUAUUUUGGUGUGAAUGCCGUGCAGAUCCAGCACGGAUACACGAUCAGCGUCGGCGACAAGGUCCAAUUGCUUGAACGGAGACUCAAUCAAUACGGCGAUCUGUCUUGA